AUGCAUUCUGAUGUUGUUGGAUUAUUCACGUUGUUCAGAAAGCACUUGGACGAAGCAAAGAAAGCUGGAUUUUUUCUUUUAAACACGUGGACAAACAAUUUUUGGCAUAAUCAAUUAAAUCAGAUAGCGUGUGACGAAAUAUAUCCGGCUCAGUGUACAUAUACUGCUUUAGCAUGGAACUAUUUGCCAAUUAUACACAAUAAAUAUCAAAAUGCA